AUGAAUGCCCGUGGUUGCUGUGCCAGUGCCCUGUAUACCCAUCUUCACAUUCCUCGGAUUGCUUCCUCGUUUCUCUCUUCCUCAUAUCUUGGAUUUCUCUCUUCCCUGGUCUCAAUCAACCAACCAUCCUCGUACGCCUCUUCUUCCUCUCCCUCUUCUGUAUCCUUCUCUUCCACCUCACCUUCCCCUUCUGCUCCCCUUCUCGUUGACUCCUUAUUCUUCUCCUCCGCCAGCCCGUUUGCACCUCCUUCCUGCAGAGACCUCUCUCACAACUACCUCACAGGCCGCGCACUGAAGCUCCUUGCUGCGCGAACCCUAUAUCUCUCCAGCAACUUCCUCUCGGGCCCUCUGCCCGACGGGGCAUGCCAGCCUCACUCUUUUGAUGCCAACUGCUUCACGUUGCCGCUUGGCUGUGCCUUGGUGCCCCAGCGACAGGAGGCAGCAUGCAAUGCAUUCUGUGGCGUCUCCUCUGCUGCUGGUGCUGCUGCUGGUGCUGCGUGUGGAGGACAUGGGGUGUGCUAUCCAGAGGGGGCUAGCUUGGCACCCACAUGUCUGUGUGAUGCGGGAUUCGUGCAAUUUGGAGGGAUCACCUGUGUUGCUCAAGGCCAGAACAAAAACUACUCAAGCAGUCAAGCGGUUCUCCCACCAGCAUCUAUACUCACCAGGGGGGGGCAGCGCGAGACGAAGGGGAACUUCACCGCAGAGCCGGUGAAGUUGUUUGUGUACGAGGCAAACCAGGGACUGUCGCGGUGUGGGCUGCAGCUCGCCUUUCACGCCAACUUUACCUUCUCCCUCUUGCCUCGAUCUGGCCACGUGGGCUUCAACGGCUUAGCGUUUGUCAUCUCGGCAACGGACCAGGUGGGGAGUGGCGCUGGGGUGGGGUAUGGUGGAAUGGACACACGGAGCAUGGCGGUGGAGUUUGACACUAUACAGAACAAGGAGCAUGGCGACAUGAGCAGCCACCAUGUCGGGCUGAACGUUCGAGGCGAAGACAGAUCGCUAGUCGCUGUGAGGUCACCCUUCCGUCUGAGCAACAGGAAGGCGUACACGGCGUGGGUGGACUAUGAGCCAGGAGACCCCGGCACCAUCCAGGUCUUCCUGGCUGACUCGCAGGAGAAGCCGCAGCAAGCGGUGCUGGAGUGGAGGCUGGCGCUGUGUGAGGUGCUGCAGGGUGCAGUUGAUCAGCCCGCCUUCUUCUUUGGCUUCGUAGCGUCCACCACUGUGAAGCCGUUUCAGCGGCACGUCAUUCUUGAAUCGACAGUGGAUACAGGUAAGCAGUGUGUGCUUUCAGGUGGAUGGGCUUGGCAUGGUGGUUAA